AUGAAAUGGAUUUCGGGAGAUGGUGAAGGAGAAGAUGAAAUUCACACGAUUGUGUUUAAGGAAUCAGUGGAGGAGAUCACAUACUCUGCUUUGGUUGAGCGUAUUUGCAGAAAGAUAAAGGUAGAUGGAUAUAAGGUGGAAACGAAGAUUAGUUACUUUCCAAUGGUCUUGUAUUCAAACAAGCUAUCAUAUGUCUGGAAUGAUGAAGAUGUUUUUGGUUAUCUACUGCAAGUAAAUCAUGAGAAGUGUAGAAGUGUUCUACAUGUGGAGUUCAACAAAACGGUUCAAGAAGAGGAUGAUGAAGCUGAUGUCUAUGUCGGUCUAUCCGAUAGAGAGGCUACUGAUGGAGAGGCUACUGAUACAUGGGCUACUGAUAGAGAGGCUUGUGAAGCAGAUGGUGUGCUCACACUUUACGAUGACAUUGAAAUUCAUGGUAAUGUCACCGAAAGAGAUGCGAUUGUGAUUGAAGAUACAAAAGCAAGACCAUCAGUUGAAGUAACCCCAGCUGUCAAGGAACGGGAUGAUGGUAUGGAUUUGGCUGUAGGUCAAGAAUUUAGAACCAAGGAGGAAGCACAAGUUCAUAUUCAGACGGCUUCACAUCUGAAGUGUUUUGAGUAUGAUGUAAUUAAGUCGGACACUAAGAGAUAUGUGAUAAAAUGCCGAGCAGCCAAAGAAGGCUGCAAGUGGUAUGUGCGUGUUGCAAAGUUGAUGAAUUCAGAUAGUUGGACGGUUAGAAGUUACAUCAAACAGCAUAGAUGUUCUGUUGUUACUACAAGAACACUUCCUAAUAGAAGGAGAGGCACACCAGGAAUCGUUGCAGCUGUUUUGGCUCAAGAUUAUCCCGGUAGUUUAGACACACCAGCUCCCAACGCCUUGAUCCAGCUGGUUCAUCACAGGGUGGCUGUGAAAGUAUCAUACACAACGUCAUGGAGAGGAAAAAGAUUAGCUGCUAAUAAAGUGCGAGGAAGUCCAGAAGAGAGUUAUACUUUAUUAAAUUCUUAUAUGCACAUGCUAAAGCAGUCGAAUCCUGGCACAGUAGCUCGAGUGGUUGUGGAUGAGGCCCAAAAGUUUAAAUAUCUGUUUUUUGCUUUGGGAGCUAGCAUAGAAGGGUUUAUCGCUAUGAGGAAAGUCCUCAUUGUCGAUGCAACACACCUGAAGAAUGUUUAUGGUGGAGUUCUAUUUGUUGCGACUGCUCAAGAUCCCGAUCAUCACCACUAUCCAAUUGCGUUUGGUAUUGCAGAUGGUGAGAAAGAGCAUAGUUGGGUGUGGUUUAUGGAACAGUUGAAAUCAGUGAUAUCUGAUGUUCCUGGAUUGGUGUUUCUUUCAGAUAGAAACAAAAGCUUGAUCAAGGCAGUAAGUCUAGUGUUCCCUCAGGCCGCUCAUGGUUAUUGUAUAUGGCAUUUGGCUCAGAAUGUUAAAGUACAUGUCCGUAACAACAGAGAAACUUGCACGUUUAAGUUUAUGGGCUGCGCACACGCUUAUACAGAGGCUGAGUUCUUGAACCUUUAUAAUGCUUUUCGCAUGAGGUAUCCUAGCGCAGCGGAGUAUCUUGACAAAAGUGUUGAAGAGAGGAAAUAG